CUCGCCAAGAGGGAUCUAGAGAAGGAGCACCACCAUGCAGAAGCUUUUGGCUCUGAGCUUGGUCAUCCUUCUCGCUGCCGCAGAAACGUCACACGCGAAAUACAGAAAUGGUGGUCGUGGUGGUCGUGGUGGCCGCGGUGCAAAGGCGAUCUUUAUCUUUGGUGACUCGCUGGUGGAUUCCGGGAACAACAACUACCUGAAUUCUCUGGCGAAGGCAAACUUUGCUCCCAAUGGCGAGGACUGGCCAAAUCAUCUCGGGACUGGGAGAUUUUGCAAUGGCCGGCUAGUGGCAGACUACAUAAGUGAAUACAUGGGGACCGAGCCAGUGCUGCCUAUUCUAGAUCCAAAGAACACUGGAAGGAACCUUCUCAGGGGAGCAAACUUUGCUUCUGCAGGCUCCGGGAUUCUGGAUGAUACAGGAGCGAUGUUUGUUCAACGCUUGCGAGUUUCUGAGCAAUACAACUUGUUCAGGCGGUACAAGGGCCAAUUAGCGACGUUCGUAGGAGGACGAGCAGCAGAUAGGAUUGUGGCAGCCGGCCUGUACUCUUUCACAAUUGGAGGAAACGACUACAUCAACAAUUAUCUUCAGGCUCUUUCGGCCAGAGCAAGGCAGUACACACCCCCGCAGUACAACACUCUCCUCGUCUCAACUUUCAAGCAACAACUCAAGGAUCUGUACAACAUGGGAGCUCGCAAGAUAUCUGUCGGCAACAUGGGUCCAAUAGGCUGCAUCCCCUCUCAAAUAACUCAGAGAGGUGUCAACGGACAAUGCGUCCAGAACCUGAACGAGUACGCGAGGGACUACAACUCCAAAUUGAAACCAAUGCUUGACGAACUCAACAGAGAACUGAGAGGAGCUCUCUUUGUAUAUGUCAACGCAUACGACAUUCUUUCAGACUUGGUCUCCAAUCCAGGCAAAAACGGCUUUACAGUAUCCAACUCAGCGUGCUGUGGUCAAGGCAACUACAAUGGCCUCUUUAUCUGCACUGCGUUCUCUACCAUCUGCAACGACCGAACCAAGUACGUAUUUUGGGAUCCUUACCAUCCCACCGAAAAGGCAAACAUUCUCAUUGCUCAGCAAACUCUGUUUGGUGGUACUAAUGUCAUAAGCCCGAUGAAUCUCAGGCAGCUACUAGCUCUUCCAUGACGCAACCAAACUCGGUUUGCUCGGUGUAUUUAAUAAUCUUCACGUGAAUUCAAGGCCUUGAGUUAGUUCCGGGUGAA